CUCUCGUCACUUCCCCGUGGCGGCUUCUGCCUUUUAAAAGCGCGGUGACCUCGGCUGUGAGUCAGGAACCGACAUCCACCCGGGGACAACCUGCAGGGUAUGAGUGCGGCCCCGGGCCCCUGGGCGGCGGCUGCCACCGCGGCCGUCUUCUUGCUGGGAGACUUCUUCUUCGCUUCGGGAGGCAUCGCCGCCGGAGAAGUAUCGCCAUUUCAUAUCAUCAACUUCAAUUUCGAAACCGUGCAGGUGACAUGGAAUGCCAGCAAACACACGGGGGCUAAUUUCACUUUCCGCUACAGGUUUCGCGGGGACAAUUACAGCCAAUGUCCCAGCUACCUCCUUCAGCACCGUCUCACCGUGGGCUGCGUCCUCCAGGCGAAAGGAGAUUCGGUGAUGGAUUUCUCCAUCGGGAAUGGGACCCACCUUGUUCUCUCCCACAGCACGUGGAUCAGCGAUUUCUUGAAGCCCGGCUCCCCGCGAGACCUCCAGUUCCACUGGCACGAGGGAGCCCUCACGGUGACGUGCUCCGACCUGCCGUACCGAGGCCUCCGGUACGAAGUCCAGCACAAGAGCAUCUUCGAUGAACAGUGGCAGUCCACGGAGGAAGACACCUGCAAUGUGACGAUCAAGGCCUUGGAUGCUGCCAGGUGCUACAGCUUCCGGGCCAGAGUGACGGCCAAGGAGUCCAGCUACGGCCCGCACACCUACCCCAGCGACUGGUCGGAGGUGGCCCACCGGCAGAGGGGCGAGCCGCGAGAUUCCUGCCAGAAGACACCUCUUUCCUCCAAAUUUAUUGUCGUGUACGGCAUGGUGGCCGUCCUGAUUGUCUUCCUCCUGCCCCUGACUCUGUGGAAACUGCACAGAGUGAAGAAGCUGCUGGUGCCCCGCGUGCCGGACCCCAAGGUCACCUUCCCUGGGCUCUUCGAGUCCCACCAUGGAAACUUCCAGGAGUGGAUCAAGGACACCCAGAACAUCGCCGUCUUGAGUAAGGUGGAAGACGAGGAGCAGGAGUCCAUCCUGGCAGAGCCGCUCCUGGUGCAGCUGCCCAGGACCAAGGCCGAGACGCCCGCGGCCACGGUGACAGACCCGUCGCACCCGCAGACGGUGCAGACCGCGGGGGACCCCGACCCGCUGCUCCGCCCACCCGCUCCAGGCAAGGAGCAGGUCUCUCUGGGGGGCUUCACGUUUGUGGUGGAUGACAACGCGUAUGUGACCUUGUGACGUGGCUGCGGACCCAAACCCGGCGGCAGGUGCGUGGGGUCACAGACACCCUGAGGAGAUCUUCCUGGGGACUCGAUGUCACCCCCCCCCCGUGAAGGGGACAGACACCCCCGGACCAAUGAUGCCAGCGUGCGGGGGCUCACCAAGUCCGCAGCCGCCCAGACAGUGCUGUGCCGGAGUCAGCCUUCACCCCACGGGCCACGCUGUCCCAGGGCUGGAGGCGGAUUCACCGCAGGCGGCAGAGGACCGGCUGCAGCUGGUCUUUGUUUCAGUUCCCACAUCUGCCGGGCGGACCCCUCACCCCCACCCCGAUCCUCAACGGACAGUAUUUUCCACUGGUUUUAGAGAGAGGGGAACAAAGUGCAAACAGAGACAGGGAGGAAGAGAGGGAGAAGAAAACACGGAUGGGCUGCCUCCUGUACCCACCCCGACCGGGGAUCGAACUGGCAACGUUUUGAUGUACGGGCGAUGCUCCCAUCUGCUAAGCCACCCGGCCAGGGCGUGGUCGAAGCCCAGGCUUAUCUGACAGCCCCUUCCCUCCCCUACACCCUCCACAUCCCCCCCUUCUCUGCACGAACACUUGGAAGCAAUUUCCUGGAUCUUUUGCUUCCUGGAACCUAUACCGGGCAAAGCGGCCAGAAGCUCUGGGCCUGGAAGGCCCCCUCGUUCAGCAGAGGCAGCCAGCCACCCGGCCCUUGCUCUUUCUGCCGGGCAACACCCCCUGGGCAAGAAUUGGGGCAUUUCCUUCUGGAGACUUUGUUCCGCGGGUGAUGGCAGAGUCACUGGAAGCAUUAAUCCCCAUGGAGUGGGCCUCGCCGUUUUUAGGUGGCCCCUGCAAUCCAGAGACAAAAGCACCAGGUUGUCAUGAGAACUAUCUCGGGGCCCACAUCAGCGCCCGAUGCAAGGAGAUAGAAGAGAACGUGUUCACUGUUAUCUCCUGGGCUUCGCGGCUGCACAGGAAGUGCUGUAGAUGGUUCAGAUCUGGGUUUGCUCAGCCCGCGCGGCUCUUCCUUCUCUCCGGGCGCGCAGUGCUGCAAAUAAACGUCGAUCGCACACUUGGACGCUGUGUGUGUUCUUGGGAAAAUACAAUGAGAGAGAGAGAGGGGAAAAAAACCCAAAAACCCACGCCCCAAAGCCUGUCGGCGCAGGACACCAGGGAGAGCACCGUUUAGUAUUGAAAUAGCCGAGGCGCGUCCCCCGGCCACCCACGGAGCAACAGCAGGCAGUGAAAGCCGCUCACCCGCUUUCACGGCCGAGCAACCCCUUCCAUUGCUGUUCUCCAGAGGAAAAAUAAAUAAACACCUCGUUUUCUCCGAUCUUUUGGACUGAGCGUGUGCGGCGAUGCGGAGGCAGCGCAGGUUGGUGGCGCGCCUUCCUCUUGCGGAGAGGAGACAGGGUCGCUGCUUCCCCACCGUCCAACGGCAGGGCGCGCUCCUGGUCUGGGUGGGUGUGUGGUCCGCGGUCAGAAGGUGGGACCUGAGACCCCAGCCAGCGGACUCUGCGUGCGCCCCGCUCCCCGCUGCCCCGGCUGCACCUAAACCUUGUUUCUGGGCCCCCACGAGCCUUCAGCACAUCGCGCUUGCG